AUGUGUAACCAGCUCUUGGGCACUUUGGAGGGAAUCUGUUUCCUUGGCACAUUUGGUCACAGGGGUGUGAAUAGAAAGUUCUACUACAUCACUCUACUGAGAGACCCCGUUUCCCGCUACCUUAGCGAAUGGAGGCACGUCCAGCGGGGGGCGACGUGGAAGACGUCCCUGCACAUGUGCGACGGACGGACACCAACGCCCGAAGAGUUGCCGCCCUGCUACGAGGGCUCAGACUGGUCGGGGUGCACUUUGCAGCAGUUCAUGGACUGCCCCUACAACCUCGCCAAUAACCGCCAAGUACGCAUGCUGGCCGACCUCAGCCUCGUUGGAUGCUACAACCUCUCCACAGUUCCUGAGAAGAGGCGCUCACAGCUGCUGCUCGAAUCAGCCAAGAAAAACCUACGAGACAUGGCUUUCUUCGGCCUGACAGAGUUCCAGCGGAAGACACAGUACUUGUUCGAGCGCACCUUCCACCUCAAGUUCAUCCGGCCCUUCAUGCAGUACAACAGCACGCGGGCGGCCGGCGUGGACCUGGAUAACAACACGAUACAGCGCAUCGAGGAGCUCAAUGACCUGGACAUGAAGCUGUACGACUAUGCCAAAGACCUGUUUCAGCAACGCUACCAGUACAAGCACAUGCUGGACCGCCGGGAGCAGAGACUACUGAGAGGACAAGCGUCUUUCCACAGCCCAUUCCGAGAGGACGGAGCCGGAGGAGAGGGUACGGCACGCCUGCCAACCGAGGACUACAUGAAUCACAUCAUCAACGGAUGGUAACCGCCCACCCCUCUCCAGAGAGACCAAAAAAGAGACACAGUUACAAGGAGAGGGGGAAUAUCCAUUCCCAGAUGGGAGAGUUCAACGUCCCAUACUUUAAACGGGAAUAUGGGACCAGGAACGUUCAAGAAAAGAGUCUGUGAGCGUUUCGCUUAGUGCCGCAUCUCAUAGGCCUUUUUUUAAACAAAAGUUAUGGCAUAACAUUAAUAUUAAAUUAUUAUCGAUUUUUGUUUGUGCCACAAAGUUUUUCCUCGACCUCCGUUUCUCAAAAAGAGUGACUGAAACGAACAAACAGGUUUUAAUAUCUGAUUCACAUGAAUAUCUGAGAAUCUAUGAACUCUUUAGGAAAAUAUAAAGAUUGUUUUUAUAUACAUAUAUAUAAAUAUGUAUAUAUCCUUGAUUGCCUUUUUUAAACCUGGUGUGAAGUGGAUGGAGCCAGUCACAAGUGGUUGAAAAUUACUAACAGGUGUUGUGAGUAUGAUUUUAUAGAUAUAUCUUAAUAUAUAUAAGACAAAAGAGUCCCAAUUUUCAUCAGUGUUUUUAUCGUUUUUUUCCCUUUGAGUGUCGAUUCCCAAACAGAUUCCCAUAAGCCCUGGAGAUUGUAUUGGAAAGCCAUUCCUGACAGACGUAUCCAACUGUAGUACUGAUACCCAAAAAAACGAU